UCUGGGCAGCCUGGUUGUUGGCGACCCUGCACUCAGCAAGGGGUUGAAACGAGAUGAUCUUAGAGGUCCUGUUCAACCCAGGCCAUUUUGUGAUUCUAUGACUGUGACCCCAUGUUGGCCUCAUCCCCAGGAGGCGGCGGGCAGCGCGGUGCCAAGGCAAACAGGCGGGCACGGUGUGCGGGGCACGGGGCCGUGCUUUAGGGGCAUGGCACGGCCGAGCGGCUCAGCGCCUGCCGUGAACCUUCAGCCCCAGCUGCCUGAGGGAGAGCGGCUGGAAAGCACCGAGCAAUAUCCCGAGGAUCUUAAUGAUUCUCCGUAACAGCUGUUACCUGCCAAAUAGAAAUUCUGACGCCACCCAAUCCAUGAGUGGGCAUCGGAACCUCAAGAGGCGAUGUGGGGAGUCGCACCUGGAAUCCCCUGCGGGCUGUGCUCACGGUCCUGCUGCUGCUUGUGUGUUAAGCAAACUAGUUCAGUUGCCCACACCUCCCUUGUCAAAGCACCAGCUGAAACGGUUAGAAGAACACAAAUAUCAGAGUGCUGGACGAUCGCUGCUUGAACCUCUGAUGCAAGGUUACUGGGAAUGGUUAGUUGGAAGAGUUCCGGCCUGGAUUGCCCCAAAUCUGAUCACCAUCAUCGGACUGUUAAUAAAUAUAUUUACAACCCUGCUGUUAGUAUAUUACUGCCCAACAGCUACAGAGCAGGCACCUCCCUGGGCAUACAUUGCUUGUGCUUGUGGCCUUUUCAUCUACCAGUCUCUGGAUGCUAUAGAUGGGAAGCAAGCAAGGAGGACAAAUAGCAGUACUCCGCUGGGAGAACUCUUUGAUCAUGGCUGUGAUUCACUUUCCACAGUCUUUGUGGUUUUGGGAACUUGUAUUGCUGUGCAGCUGGGGACGAACCCUGACUGGAUGUUCUUUUGUUGUUUUGCUGGAACAUUCAUGUUUUACUGCGCGCACUGGCAGACGUACGUCUCUGGAACGUUGCGCUUCGGCAUAUUUGAUGUUACAGAGUCGGUGCUCUGUACAGUAAUCAUGCAGCUCCUCACGGGAACCCUGGGGCCCAUGUUCUGGAACUACACGAUCCCAAUACUGAAUAUUCAGGUGAAAAUAUUCCCAGCUCUCUGUACUGUGGCAGGAACCAUAUUUUCCUGUACAAACUACUUUGGUGUAAUCUUCACAGGUGGAGUUGGCAAAAAUGGAUCCACUAUAGCAGGAACCAGCGUCCUUUCACCUUUUCUUCAUAUUGGGUCAGUAAUCGCCCUCGCUGCAAUGAUCUACAAGAAAUCUGCUGUGCAGCUCUUUGAGAAGCACCCCUGCUUGUACAUACUUACUUUCGGUUUUGUAUCUGCUAAGAUAACAAACAAACUCGUGGUUGCACACAUGACCAAAAGUGAAAUGCACCUGCACGAUACAGCUUUCAUAGGCCCGGCACUACUGUUUCUGGACCAGUAUUUUAACAGCUUUAUCGAUGAGUAUAUUGUACUCUGGAUUGCCCUGAUCUUUUCUCUCUUUGAUUUGCUUCGAUACUGUGUGAGUGUAUGCAACCAGAUUGCUGCCCACCUGCACAUCCACGUGUUCCGAAUCAAGUCCUCUUCCACUCAUUCUAAUCACCAUUAAUAAUCGGGGAGCCACCGUAGGGGAAAACGAGCAACGAGUUGGUUUUCUACAUGAACAGAUAUCAAGGCGUGUAGGAGACGAAGGCGAAAAGCAGAGAAGAACAAAAUAAUUUAUAAUCAUCGAUGUUGUAUAACUUCUAUUCUUUGGUAUCGGUAACACUCCUUAACUAGUCUCCUGCCUGAGAGAGUGAAUUCCAAGUACACCCUAGUCAGCUCUACAUGUAGUCAACUCUGUUGGUUCCGAGCCCAGGAAAGCAUGCAGAGAGCAAUGCUCUCGUUGUAAUUACUUUGACGACAAAAUAAUCUAUGUAUGGUGAAUGGAUCCCCAACAACCGAAGUUUCUAAUGUAGUAUAAUUACAGCUGCGAUACGACUUGCUUUUAAUUUUAAUAUUUCAUCAUCUCUUAGUGAAAUACAUGUUUAGUGUCCACUUGAAAUUCAUUUACUAAAGACCCGAGCUGGUCACAGCAGAUAUCGCACUGGCUUGUGUGGCUGAAGCAGCUGUAGAGGUUUGAGUCCAGACUGCUGUGGUUCAUUUGCUGAAGCAUUGCUGAUGGAAGUGGUUUCUUGGCUGGAGAAUACAGAGCAGGGUUCUGCGAGAGGAAGGGAUGACCGGCAUGCAAAAUAGUGUGGUAUCUUUGUCAAUUAAUUUUAUUUUUUUAAAUAAACGUUUAUCUAAAAGACAAC